CUUACUAGGCAGUUCACCGUUGAGCUUUAUCUAGACUCCGACAUCGAUUAACCUUGCAAGGUGUCUUCGCCAACGAGUCCAUGGGCACUGAUUGACGCCAAAGUGACCUUGAGGGCUCUAGUCCCACUUAACUAUGCAAACGUGACUAAAAGCAAGUGGAGAUGUGCCUUUUUUUACCAGCUUUUUGUUGCGACUGGCUUUCGGGGUGUGGCAAGCCGCAAGAAACCGACGACUGAACCGGACGAGAGCGGUAACUUCAACAUCCUGUCUCGUUCGAGACCUUCCUAUCUUUUGACAGUAAUAAUUUUUGCAAGUACGUCCUUGCGGCGACCAUCACUGGAGAGAGACGUAUCUUCGCCUUGCAAAGGCAGGGCUGAAGCGCCCGACCAAAGCAGCUUUGCCCUUUACUGAAGUCAUUUCAUCAGCUUCUUACAGCAACUUGGGCAGCCAUGGACGCGGACGCGGACAAUCAUGCUCUGGACACCGAACAGGCCAGCUGCUUACCGCCAUGUGGUUUAUCCAUUAGUCCUGAAGAGGAACAUGGCAACUUUCUUCCGACUUCUGUCCGAUAUACUCCCGGAAGCGGUCCUGCAGUCUAUCCGCCGUUACGUCAUUGGCCAGGCCGCCCGCCACCCAACCAGCCCUAUCGAGCAGUUGCGCAUCGCCACCCCUACUUUCCCGCUCCCUACCGCCACCCUCGAGGAAUGCCUCCUUACGGUGUCGCCAUGCACCCGUACCCAGCUGCCCCUCCCAUGAUAGCCCGGCGGGUCCUCGUGGGGUUCCCCGGCCACCACCCAUCGCACCCACCUCACACCGUACAGCGGCCGUUACUGUCGUCGCUGUCACUGCCGACACCCCCGUACGGCAUGCCACUCGAUGAUGACGCAACGCCCAUGCCACCACGAGGCUUUCAGUCUCCCUUCCUAGGUCCCGACGCGCAAGCAGCUUUGACGGCGGGCAUGACGACAGGCGAAAGCGACAGCGGAGCUCCGCCGGAUCCCCUUGCACAAAAUCCGUCCACCGGCGGCGGCGGAGGCGGCACAACUGAAGCCGGCGGAGGCGGCCGCCACGGCGCGUCGUCGAGCGACGGUGGCGCCACGUCAGCAGUCAGCGGCGGAGGCACACCAAGCGCAGCCACCGCUGCCGCGGCAAUGGCCACGAACCUGCGGCCUGCACACUACUCGCUGCCGCCGCCUCCAACGUACGGCGUGCCCUAUGGCAUGCCAUACAGAUCACGGCACAUGAUGUACGGAUAUCCGCCGCCGCACUACUAUCAUCCGGAAGACGUGCCCCCAGUGUACAGCCGGCGACUGACCAACAGCCAGCACCACUCCAUGUCAAUGCCGCAUCUGGGUUUUGGAGCCCCGUUAACGCGCCACUCGUCCGUCGCCUCAGCGCUGGCGGCGGCGGCACCCGGAGCUGGCAUUGCUGGCGUCGCUCCUUCUCCUGCUGGGAUGAUUGGGGGAGCUUUCCCGAACGUUCAUGGAUCAGUCGCAGCUCUAGACUUACCUUCCAUGCAGACCACACAGCCACAGGCUGCCUGUGAGAGGUCAACGGUCCCGGCCUUCCCGGCAAGCGGCCCCUCGUACGGAAUAAUGUACGACGAGUUUGCUGCAAAAGCGCCGUACAAUGGUGGUAUGUCGCUGCAGCACUCCUUUGCCAGCGCUCACAGCAUGGCGGUGCCGCCGACGCCUCUGGCGCAUGGAGCCAUGCCCGGCAGCGACGAUGACCGACCAGCGGCCAUGCAUACGCCCUUCCAAUCUUCCUACUCUGCUGCGGCCGCAGCCGCUACCCCGCAUGUGCAGCCCUACCCCUACUCCCUGCACCCUUCGGAUCCACCCACCGUCCCCUACCAUCACCACCAUCACCAUCACAACGCCAUCGACCCCCUCCGCCGGGCCUUCAGCGCAGACGCACACACCACCCUCUCCUACCUCCAACCCAACCCCAACUCGCCCCCCAACGCCAACCCCACCACCGCUCCCCACCACCACCUCCUACCCCCGCCGCUCCCCUCCGCCCCCUCUGCACCCGCCGCGCCCUCCUGCUCCACCUCCCUCGCCACCGCCACCGCCGCCGCCGCCGCGCUGCCUUCUUCCGGCGACCCCGGUUUGCAACUUCCGGAACAGCUCCUGAUGGAGCAGCUGGCGGGCUGCGGACCGCUGGGCGGCGCCAGCGACCGCGAGGAGGAGGAGCUCCUGCAGGCGGAGCUGAAUGGCUUGAUCGGCGACCUGGCGGAAGGCUACGGACUUACCGCGCAGUCGCCGCCGCCGCCGCAGCUGGCGGCGGGGCAGGCGGCGGCUGGGUCGCUGUUGCAUCAGCAGCAUCAGCACCAGCCUUUGGUGGCGCUGCCGCCGCCGGCGGCAACGCAGUCGUGGCAGCAGCAGCAGCAGCAGCAUUCGCAGCUGGGGUUGAUGGGGCAUCAGCAACAGCAGCCAGUGCAUUUGCAUGCGUUUGGAACGGGCUUAAGCUCCGGCCCGGUUAUGGUUUUGGAGCCUCCGCAUUCCCAGCAGCAUCACCCGCUUCAUGACAGGUUAAUGAUGGCGUCAACAUCUGCGCCCGGCGUGCGGCUGCGUGUCCCGCGACCCAUGGGUCGUUGCAUGGAGAACGCCGCGCCCUACGCCGUCGGUCUGCCGCAACCCGAAAUAAGCCCCAUUGGCGCCCUAGGGAGCCCCACGGCAAUGGGCGCCGGCGUAGCAGCCGACCUUCCCGCCCGCAAUAGCCUCGAAAGUCAACCCUGCGACCACUUGCCGCGACAAAACUCAUUCGCAACAUCCAUGCACACCGAAACCCAGCAUUUCACUCCGGCGGAAGGCAACUGCAUCACCCAGCAGCGCCCACGUAUGGCAGGGGCUCCGAUGGCGCCUGCAGAAAGCGACUCGUUGCAUGCAUACACUCGUUGGAGUCGCGGAGACGGAGGCAGUUGCGCGACCGCCCUGCAACCGCCGCUGCCAGCUGUGUUUGGUCUCAGCCGGCACCCGCCUGCACACCCGAGUUUUCCCCAGGCUGCCCACCAGCUGCUGCACCCCCUUGCCUCGUUUCCGUUGCAAGAUCCAGAACAGCACCGCCAGCAGGACCAGCAGCAGCAGCAUGAGGAAGUGGAGGAGCUCCUGCCGCCGCCGCAGCAGCAGAAGCAGGAGCUAUACCUGGAACCGCAGCAGCAGCAGUUGCAGCAACAGGGCCAGGUCAAAGCUGGAGGCCGGCCAAGGGCUGUUUCUGCUCGGGGCAGAAGGGGGCCCAAGCGGCAGACUGGGUGGAAGGAGGACGGGGAGGACGUUCCACUUGCAAUGCCUCAGAUGGAUGUGUUUUGGAGCAGUGGGACCAGCGUGGGUGCUGGAGAGGAGGGCGGCGAGGGGGUGGAGGGAGAGGAGGAGCCUCAGCUGGAGGAGUUCAUGGAGGUUGGGGAGGAGCGCGGCGUGCGCGAGGACGAGGCAGAAGGCUUGAUGGAAGUUUACGACAAUGGGAUGGACGAAGAGGAUGAUGACGAUGAGGGGCUGGACGAGGAGACCCCGAGGAAGCGGCGGCAGCAGCAGCAACAGCGGCGGCGGAGGCGUAAGAUGGCUGCGGGGCGGCUGGGGCAGCGGCGGGCUGCUGCUGUGGCUGCUGCUGACGCGGUGGCGGACGCCGCCGCUGCUGCGGCGGAGGCUGCCGCUGGAACCGCCGGCUUUGCUGGCGGUGACAUUGGCAGUGCUGAUGCAGAAGGGCUGCAGGAGGGCGGUGGGGACCAAGGAGCGGCAGCGGGAGGCAGCGGUUCCGGAGCUUCCGGAGAUGAAGAGCAAGCGGGCACGGGUCCGCACGCCACCAUUGAGGAGCUACUGUCGCACUCGGCUGAACGCGUGGGGGAUCUGGAGGUCCUGGGCGAUUUGGAGCCUCAAACCGUGUCCGCCCUGCUGGAAAAGGUGCAGCGCAAGGGCAAGGGCGGCCGGGCCCCCGCUGAGGACCCCCGGCUCGACCCCUCCAUUGACCCGCGCAAGGCCCGCCGCAUCCUCGCCAACCGAAUAUCCGCAGCGCGAUCCAAACUCAAACAGAAACUCAUUCUUGAGGGCCUCAAGGCACGCUACCAGCAGCUCCUGAGCAGCAAGACGGAGUACCAGUCGGAGCUGGCGGAGCUGCGGGCGGCAUGCAAGGAGCUGGAGAACCGGAACAGGGGGCUGGCGGGCAAGCUGAAGGACAUUGUAAGGGAGCCUCUUGCGCAGCAUGCCUGAGUCGGGCCCUGAGACCUUUCCGGCCUAGGGCCACACGGGUUGCAGCUACGUCUGCAGCAGCUGUUGCUGAUACUGCCGCAUUGCGGGUUGCGGUUCAAGUCGUUAGAAUCGCCCUUGACUAGGCGGCGGCACUCAUGUAUGGGGAUGUGGUUUCUGGGUAAGGUGGGCGAAGGAAAACGCGCGAAAAGCGCAGGUUGGGUUGUGUUUACCCGUGAUGUAAGAGUAUACUUUUGGAGACGUGGUGUGUCAGCAAAGCACCGUUGCGUUGCGUUGUGCGCAAGACCCUUGAGUGCGCGUUUUCCUUCUGCGGGCUUCCUGGCCAUGCAAGUAUCGCCCGCUGGCAGAUGGAUGGCAGAUUGGGUGUGAACUGUGGCGGCGGCGGCGCCUGUGUCCCAAACGUUCGCGCGCUGCAAGGUGCGAUUGAGUUGCGCCCGGUUGGCAGUAGGUGGUGCCCGCUUUUGUACAUGGAGCGCUAUUCUGUAUGUGGUUCACGUCAGCAUGUAUGGUAACUCGCGCGCAUGUAUGGUAUCUUGGAUUAGCGGCGCGUAUGUAGCAUUGGCGCUAUGAUGAUGAGAUGAAGGGGAAAGACACACAUUGCCAUGAACACAUGACACAUUGAUUUCGAGACGAUCUGACAAUAACCGUACGUGAAUUGUACGGGUUGUGAUGAUUUGAAGUAACACCGCUCGGUGUGCAUUUUAGUUGGUGAUCGACGUCAAAUGUAUGCUUCGGAUCUCGUAACGUGACGGUUUUCAGUUACACUGCUGGGGAAUGAGGGCAGCGGCUGAUACUGGACAUGGAAAACAAACAGUGGACUUGUUACCUGCGUAAGGUGGCAUAGAGCAUUGGCGUUGGCAGAAAUGGCUGGAAAUGGUUGCGGGACAUUUGGAUGCUUUGGUACGUGCGUGACUGCAUAAGGCGUACGUCCGGUGUCGUAAUCUCAUUUGCUCCCGGGCCGGUUGCUGAUGGUGUUUCCAUUCAUAAACCUCAUCCUUGUGCUUGCGAAGCGGAAUGCGUGCGAUUUCGGAUGCAGCAAACCAAUCAAGCACGCAGCAGGAGUGAUGCGCAUGGUUGCACAAGUACCUUCACUUCUGUGGAAAGGCGCCCGCCCAUGGGGCCGAGCAUUGAUCCGAGGUGUUGACAAAUGACGACGGUGAUAAUGAGUGCUUGCGGACGCAGCAGCAGGAUUGCCCUGAUGAAAACGGGCGUGCGUGUGCGUGUUCCUUUGUUUUUUUUGCUCCAAUGUGUUAAUGUUACGUUGGGGGGUGCAUCCCGUGCAGGACGGACGGAGGUUUUGAAAUGGUUGUGGCAGAAGGCGUGUUGUGCUUCAGUCAUAUCAUGCGGGUGUUACACAGCAUAACGACAUGUUCAUGACGGCAUCAACUGCGGCAGCCUUGGAAGUUGGAUGUACCAGGGUGCCGCUGAAAAGGUUUUCCAAGUUGGGAUGUACGGCAUCCAUUUUCAUGCCGGCGUCCUGCAGCCCGUAUGACUCGGAGGCGUUGGUAGUUGCUAGUUGGUAAACGCAUAUCGCAGUGAUGGUGUCUAGUGCGGCUGCACGCGGUAUCCUGCCGGGGAAUUUAGUAUACCGGUAGCAGGAGUGCGGGGUUAUUUGGUGGCUUUGGGCGAGGAGGCAAACGGGACAGUCGUGCGUUUCGGUAAGGAGUCGAUCGGGAUAGUGGCGGAGGUUGAGGGAUUGUCUUGCUUGGGCUGCCCGUUGCAAGGAUGGAGCUCCUGAUUAUGGAUUGCGGUUAUGCGCGACGCAACAUACGGGCGUGUUGGAAUUUCCUGCAAAGUGUGGUCCUCUCUUGCGCUAUUGUGUUUCGUGAACUCGAUUGAACCGAAGAAUUUCAACGUAACUGGCUCAGGGAAAAUCUUGUUGUAGAGCAGGCGAACGGCAAUGCUUUUGUGUGUUUGAUGUUUGUUGUCGCGUUGCUUCUGCUG